UUAAACAGUUGCACUGCAAGCACCAUCAUCACAGCAUCACCGCUUUAAGAGAAGAAAAUUCCCAAUUCCCAUCAUCAUGUACAAAUAUCUGUUCUGUCUUGCUCUCAUCGGCUGCGCCUGCGCCGACAACAUCAACAAGGAUGCCCAGAUCCGCAGCUUCCAGAACGACGCUACCGAUGCUGAGGGCAACUACCAGUACGCCUACGAGACCAGCAAUGGCAUCCAGAUCCAGGAGGCGGGCAACGCCAACGGAGCACGUGGUGCCGUGGCUUACGUGUCGCCCGAGGGCGAGCACAUCUCGCUGACAUACACCGCCGACGAGGAGGGCUACCAUCCAGUGGGUGACCACCUGCCCACCCCGCCCCCAGUUCCGGCUUACGUUCUCCGUGCCCUGGAAUAUAUCCGCACCCAUCCCCCGGCGCCCGCCCAGAAGGAGCAGCAGUAAUCUGGAGUAGCACCAGCACUCCAAAGCAGCAACCCCACAUCUAAACUGCGGCCAGUCAUUGUUAUUUAGGUAGUUAUCGUUAAUAAAGGAUUUCGAUACAGAUCAUUUUCGUUUUUAGUAAUGUAGUAAAGAUGGAAAAUAAAUGUUUCAUGUAUAUGUAUUCAUAUGUAAAUGAACAUAUGUAUAGUUCUUCGAAAAAUAUAGAAGCGUACACUAUCUUCAAUAGAAACAAAUUUCAGGCGGAUGGAGUUUACAUUUUUAAACAUUUCUUUAUCUUAACAUUGCUCUUUUUUCUUUCAAAUGAACAAUUUGAAGAAUGUAUAUGUUAGUUAAUGAUUUCGGCAGCCAGUAAUUGUAUAAAACCAUUUAUCUAUGUAAUAGAUUUUGAUUUAUGUCAUUUAUUUUUCCACUUUCAUUUAUACUCAACGCAUUAUGAUUUCCGAACUACAAUAGUUAAAUUUUUGAAAACCAAUCCAGCGGUGAUGCACAGAUGAGAUAAAUUAAAAGAAACAAAAUCUCGUG